UUCAGAAUUUGUUUCAACCAAUGGGAAGACAGAGUUUUUGCCAUGUGACUAACGUCACCGCCAUUGACUGAAAUCGUGCGUUAGGCCGGACAGCGGUGUUGCCUGUGCUGUGUCUCGGAGUUUAGCUUUGGUUUCGUCCAAUGUUUUGCUGAGCCCACUUUGCGAAAUUCCAAGUGCAGUGCUUCAACCGCAAGUAACGCUCAUAUUAGCGAGCACGAUGUCCGGUCGUCGGGGCUCGGUGACGGACAGUGGACACCGAGCGUCCAUCCAGCCAGUCUUGGAACCAACGCCGCCAUUGGCCAAGCGACGCUUCGUGCACGGCGGAUUGCAGUAGCAUUUUCCUACACCCAGUGUUCGCGCUGCUGUUCAUCAACGAUGGAAGUCGAGACGCACGUCGAUAAAGACUGCAGCGCGCUUGGCAGCUUAUUUCAAUACAUCGUCAAUGACCUGAAGGGUGGAACUCCAAUAUGGGAGGAUUUCUUGGCAAAGGCAAGCAAGCUGCAUUCUCAGCUGAAGAUUACGGCAUCAGUUUCAGCAGCCUUUCUAGAUUCAUUCCAAAAAGUGGCUGACAUGGCUACAAAUACCAAAGGUGCCACAAAAGAAGUUGGCAAAGCACUGACUCGCCUCUGUCUCCGUCACCGCAGUGUUGAAGCAAAGCUGCGUUCAUUUACCAUGUCAAUUAUGGAGCAGCUAGUUAUUCCAUUACAAGACAAGCUAGAGGACUGGAAGAAAAGCACUCUACAACUAGACAAGGACCACUCCAAAGAAUUCAAGAGGGCACGUCAGGAGAUCAAGAAGAUGUCAACCGAUACCUUGCGGUUGCAGAAAAAGGUCAAGAAAGGCAGUGGAAAGUGGGAGAUGCAGCGUAGCCUGGAGUGUGCUCUGCAAGAGAUGAGUGACCGGUGCCUGCUCUUAGAGGAGGCUGAAAAGCAAGCAGUGCGCCGUGCCCUGGUUGAGGAGAGGGCCCGAUACUGCCUUCUGGUGGCCUGCCUCACACCAGUCUUGGAAGAAGAGCUGUUGAUGUUGCAGGAAACAUCCCAUUUACAGGAGAUUUUGGACUCCUUGGCAAAACUUACUCGAAAUCCCGAAUGCCUUCCCUCAGCCAGUGAACAGGUCAUCACAGACCUAAAGGCAUCUCAAGGCACUUGGACCUUCCAGACACCUCCAGGCUCUCCUGUUCAUACUGGUGGCAGCACAAGCAGUUCCUUGGGUUCACGCAAAUCCAGCAUGUGCAGCAUCAGCAGCUUCAACAGCUCCUCCAGCGGUAGCACAAAGUCCCAUUCUCCUUCGCAUCAGCUUCGGUGUCGAACAGCCUCACAGCAGCCACCUGUAGGAGGACCACUGCGGCUGUCAAGUGUGUCUUCGCAAGAUUCUGGCUUCACUUCACAGGAUACCUUGUUUUUGAGGCCUCCAUCCCCUCGAGGGACCAGUAUAGCUGCCCAGGUUUCUGGAGGGGACACGGGGGCAUCAUCACUGCCAGGCUGUGCUUCAAGUAGUCCUUCGUCACCAUUUCCUACAACGCCCUCGGUGACUUCCACAUGGCCUAAUUUGCAGGACAGCCUGCAAUUCGAGCGGGCCAUGAAUUCAGUCCUGCGGUGCCAAAGACCACACACUAUCUCUUCUGCAUAUGAGCGGUCCGGCCACCAGGCAAGGCCUCUGCUUACGGCGGAGACAUUUCAACCCCUUGAAGGCGAUUUACUCAGUGGCUCCAAUCAUAGUGGCAGUGCUGACACACUUACUUCAACAUCGGGGGACAGCUCGGAUGGCCUGGAGCUGGCAACACAAUCUGGGCCCACAGGGGGCGCGAGGCCAAAGUCUCCUCAGACACCCACUAGAGGGCCUCGGCCACCAGUACCCAUCAGGACCACAUCGAACACCAGUACUGCACCAACUUUGCCAGAGAAGCCAGCUGUGUUGAAACAUGCAGCCUCAGCUGUAUCUACAGUGUCAGGUGCACAGCUACAAAGUCAAGAGACUUCUCAGCCGAUAUAUGCAAAUGCAGACGAGCUGGCACUGCCAUCUACACUUUCUGGCACAGAUUCUCCUCCAUUACCACCACCUCCUGUCCAGGAGUCAUUGCAGGCAAUUGCAGCAUGGGAACCAGACAGUACAGCGCCUGUGAGAAGAGGAUCAGCAUUACAAGCGCAUGAAGCCUACAAGACAUAUUCACCAAGUAAUGCCUCAAUACGAUAUGAAGGGCUGUCCAAGUCUUCAACUCUUCCUGCUAAGUCGAGCUUCCGACGCGGUUCACAGCCACCACCACCUCCCCCUGUGAGACGAACCCCUUCAAUCACAAGCACUCAGGGUUGUUCACCUUCGUCUCCAAGCUUGCAACACACUCAGGAGCAAGCUACUGCUGACCGUGAUGGCCAGUCUGUUAAUGAUAACGACAACAGUUCUACAAGUAGGGCCAAGUUAAUACAAGCACUCAAUGCCCGCUUCUCGAAACCAAGUCCACUAGAACAGGCUGGUCUUAGAUUCUCACUUCCAUCAAGUCACACUGAAGAUGGCUGUGGCCUUCCUCUACCAGAUCCACCAGAUAUGUCAAAUUUUGAUCCAGAAUGUGAUUUGAAGCCUUUUCCUGCUCCACCGCCAUUCCUUGAAUCGCUAGAAAAUGAACCGUCACUUAAUAUAGAAGGCGAGGCGGCAUGUGUUUUCAGAAAGCAAGCACAACAUGAAAAAAAGCUUCUGCGUGCUCACACGAUUGGACACAGUGAACGUGAUGCUCUUAUUCAAAGUCUUAAUGCUAAAUUCUCAACAUCGGAAGCAAUCUCCAUUUGUGAAGCAAAGGCAUCUGUUCGUAAAGGUUCACUUGGUGAAUCACCGUCUGCAGCAUGUACUCGGCCUAGUGCAGGUGCUGCAAUGAAAACUGGAAAGGUGCCUCCAGAGAUGGAUUUUUUUCGAGCCAAUUUGGAGCAGACACUUCUCAAACGUGAGCUGAGGAGAGACCCACGAAACAGUGUUGCUGGUGGAACUGCUGAUUCUUCAGCAGACAACCGCCGGAGCAGGUCUGUGGGGCCAGUACCAUCUGGGGAAAAGAAAAACAACUCAGCAGAGCGAAGACAGUUUCUUAGCAACCUGAAUGCUCGUCUCGCAGAACAGCGAAGAGUGUCGCUGCAACCAGCUCAACAACAAGUUCCAUCCCCAAAGCAAGUAUCGCAGCACAUGCAGCAAAUGUCAUCCUUUUCUACAGGCCAGACAACAGUUCCAUCACCAGUACAAUAUGUGCAUACAACAGCACCUACCCAAAUUCAUAAUAUGCAAGCCAUUCAGUCCAUUGCUGGCAUGCUUCCCCAGACAUCAGUAGCAGCAGCACGCCGUGGCUCCUUGCAGCCAGACAUUGAAUUUGGUUCAAGACAAAACGGAGGCCGAGCUGCUCGAGUUCAGAGCUGGCUAGCAUCUCGUGGUUCUGUUGACCUGACUGCAUGCCGAGAGUCACUUAUGGAUCAGAUUCGGCAGGGUACAGUGCUGAAACGAGUUGCAUCUCAGAGUGAUCGCUCAACACCACUUUUGCUGUGACGUUACCUUGUGGUUUUCAUCUGGCACAUAUGAUGAAGUGGACACUGCGACUUUGUGACAAAGACAUCGAGAAAGAUUGAAGCAGGGUGGAGUGCUUGGGUGCCUUCUGUGCUGCUGUAGCUGCUGUGCUCUGUUUCAUUCCUUGCUUUAAAACUUUGUUGGUGUCUAAGUAUACUGCACCACAGUCCUGAUGGUGUUGAAUAUGUAUUAUUUAUUGGUCUGAAAAAGAGUUAUUUUUUUGUGCGUUCAGAAUGUGACACGUGCCACUUAGCUUGCUUAAAUAAUUCUAAGGGCUACCUGCUUAGCAGCUGUUAACCCAAAUGUCAUGGUCAUAAAUAUUUUUUACAUCUAGGUCAUUGUAAAUGUUUCGCAUAUCAUCUUGGUAUAUUGUGUUGGAUGGUUUAUUUUCUUACUUAGGGCACAUGUUAUUAAGUGCAAUGGGAAAGUUCAUAUCACUAAAGUUUUUGUUGGUGUGGCAUGGACAUCAUGCAUCUCUUGGAAGUAUUUUUGGAUGUUGUUGCUUUUACCAUCACUGUCAUGCUUGUCUCAUGCUUGAAGAGAGCUUUAGCCAUUACCAGCUAUUUGUCAUGUGUAAUGUGUAAGACCAACUCAUUCUUUUAAAAUGCAGUAUAUCUUCUUACUCCAAGACCUCAGUCCACAGUAAAAAUAAGCACACAAUAAAUUGCUUUGCCCAUUAAUUUGUCGACUUAUCAGCUGUUCUGAGAAGUUACAUUGAAGUUUAAUUCAUGUUAGUAUACUAUAGUACAUUGACUUUAGUGUGGGAUAUUUUUUUGAUUAGGGCAUAAAUUUUUGCCAACUCACUUUGCUGUGUUGAAUUUUCUCAGCUGGGUUGUAUACAAAGGUUUCCUAAUGGCUUGAAGGGACAUGCGAGUAACUUGUUCAAAUUAAGAAAGUUUUUGUGUAAACAGUACACAGUUGCAACCAUUGAAUUUGGUUCAAGACAAAAUGGUUGAACCAAGUUCAUUGGUUCUUGCAUUCAUUUCUGGUCGAGGUAAACAGCGCGAAAAAUGAAGACGGAGUAAACAGCACUCGUCUUGUGUCCUUCCUUUACUCUGUCUUCGUUUUUUGCACUGUUUACCUUGACCAGCUAUGAAUCGUUACCAACUUUCCCAGUUUUCAAUACAACUCGUUGCAUUCAUUUGGUUAUCUCAUUAGUAGUGUUAAAAUAUUUUAAUUUCAAAUUAUAAUAAAAAAUAGCUCAUGUUGGUCAACUUCUGCUCGAUUUGAAAAUCCAGUAUUCAAAGUUGUCAGAUAUGUUUUCUCUUUUGGAUAUAUAAGGAAUAACACAUCGAAUACUGAAAAGAAAAACGGCAGAUGUGAGAACUGCACGAAAACGCAUCAUUACAAUACCUGCAGUUACUGUGCAAGAGCAAUAUUUCACUAAUGAAUGCACAAGGCCAAUAAAUACUUCUCAAUAAUUCUCAGUCAUUCAAUGAGAAUGACUUAGUACUUGAGAUAUGUCACACAUACACAUUUGUUAGGAUUUAUACUUUGGCAAACCUGAGUACUGUUGUAUGCAAGUCUGGUAACAUAUUUAAUGCGAGAGCAUUAAAGAGCUAAUUUCACAGAAAAUCCAACAUUGGCGUGGUUGUUGUUGGUUGUGAGCAAAAAAUCAUGUCCGUGGAAAAAAAUCAAGGAAGAUGCAAAUAAAAUGAAUAAUAAAAAUUUCCGGGUCCAAGUGAGGAUCAAGCCCAAGCCGUUUGUGUGGCAAGCACGUGUUAUUCCACGCAGCCACGCUUCUGCUUGGAAAUAGUGAAAAUAACUACCUUUGCUUGCAAGUGCAGUGAAAAUAACUUUCAUGCUUUACAAACACGUGUUCUGUAUACAGGCUUCACAAUGCAACUUGUAAUAUCACACUUGUAUUGCAUGGUACGGGCAUGUAUUCAUUGGGCAUCGGAACGUGCGAUUAUCUCAACGACUUCAUGGUUUAAAGCCGACCACCCAUUACAAAAGGCACACACAUUAAUGCACAUUGUCUCUCAAGACCACGUAGUGGGUGCAUAGCAAGUUCGAAAACAUUCCACGCGCGUAAUUGCUCAUAAUUUAAAGCAUGCUACCCAUUACACAGAAUGCUUUCAUACGUGAACGAUUCACUGACACAAGUCACUUUUAACUUGAUAGAUUACAUUUAGUAACCCAGAAUUUUGCUGCAGUUUUAACAGCUUAAAUUAAAGGCAGUUUAACAGCUUUAACAACUUCUGCCAUCGCCUUGAAAGGCGAUGGCAGAAGUUGGUGAAGACAAAUGUCUGGCGGAAUUGGUACCCUCUUCCGGCGCAAGAAAUGCAUUUGCAUUUCCUUAUGAUUUCCUUCAGGGAAGUGGGGGCAUUUUUCUAUCAACCUCCAUGCUUUCAUCUAAGCAACAGAUUGUACAAAUUUGCACACGUCGCCUCGAAUAAUUCUCACAGUGUCGUGUACUAAUGUGAUGCACGUAGGACUAUUCCUUGUUGUAUAUAGCACCUUCACCAUGUUGGGGUGUGCGCCCGUUAGAUGAAGGGCAAGCGGCGUUCAGUCUGACAUUUCAUUUCGGGGUGCGUAGCAUUGCAAAUCUUAAAAGACGAGAUCGUGAGCACCCAGCGAAUGCAUAUUCUUGUCUGCUCGAAACGCUCAAACCUGGUCACAGGGUUUUAAAGGUGUUCACAGAUUGAGAAAAAAACCUGAGUGAUUAGACCCAGUUAAUUCGAGGCUAAAAGUCCCAUCAGGCCUAUUAGCAGUCUGGCUAUUUGCAACUGUGCUGCCCUUCUCAAACAUGCCGAAAUAAGAAACCCAGGAGGGUGAUUAUUCGACGGUAGAAACUUUGCUCGCCAUACUGGACAAUAAAAUGAGAAACCGUGUUCUGCUAACCCCGCGAGUAAAGAAAUGCUAAAAGAUUGGUGCCUUUGUACCAUCAUAAACUAAAACAUUUCUUUUUUUUUGUGCUUUAUCGUAAACACAGGUCCUGCAUGUAUUCCUUUGGGAAUUUGAAUUUUUGCAAAAAUUUAAUAUGCCUACAUUAUGAUUUUCGGGGCCUAGAACUGCACUUUGCCUGCCUAGUUUUGGCGCCUAAAACCCGAUUCUUUAGUGCCUAUAAAUCUGGCCUCUAGUGAUCACGCUGAAAGUAAAGUGCACAAGAAAAACUGAGCGCUGAAUUUCGUGAUGUGUGCUGCUGUAUGGAUGUAGCCCAUUGCCCUUUUGUAAUUUUUCAAUGUGUAGUUUUCAGUGCACUCACUUGGAUGAAAGGAAAGGGAAAAUGCCUGGAGAAUGCGACAAACCCGUGUAACUCCGCUAUUACUUGACAGAUUUAAAAAUUUUUCGUGACCAUCAUGAGGCAAUAAACUCAUUACUGACAUCAUUUGAUUAUCACUUGGAAAAAUGCUGCUGGGCCCCUUUAAAGUCCCAUCACUGUCAUCUCAUUUAGAUGCUCCAAGUCAAGCAGACCUUUUCCUUGGAGUGUCAUCUCCAUGACACACAAAGUUCUCUGUCCUUGAUUCACUGUAUUUGCACUAGAUGUUUUUCAUCAGAACUGCUUCCUGUUGUGCAUGUGUGCCUCUUGAAAACCUUUUGGUGAUUACAAUAGCAAAUGGAUAAAGCUCUCUUCCUUAAUCGGAAAUCACUGACGUGUUUCAUGAACUACCAGGCAUUGUAUUUGUUAAACCACUGCCUACUGAUCAUAUAUUAGGUGUGCUAUAUAUUAUUUAAAAAAAAAGGAUAUUGAGUUGUGUUUUGUUUAAAAAGUGGGGCAGGUUGAAUGAAUUCAUUAGAGCUAACCAAGGAAUGCUGCCUUAGACAUGAACAACAGUCACUAGAAAGCAUGUAGCAGCUCUCCAAAUGGAAAUAAUGCUUUACCAUAGUAAAGAGGAACAUGUAAGUAAAGAAGACAAUUCUUACUUUACCGUAGCUCUUGAUAAUACAUAGCAUGGGGACUUUAGCAGUAAAGUGAUAAUGUAUUAAGUUAACUUGUUCCCGAUCAUCCAGUCACUGUUUAAAUUUGGCAAAGCCUCCUGCUGUUUAAUGUCUCAUUCUUCCUUUUUUACCAUCUGUUUCUCAUUUUGCUGAAGCAAAAAGUCCUGAAGGGUCUUGAAUAGCUUUAAAAUGACAGUUACAAUUAGUGCGACAUGGGGCUUUUGUUCAAUGUUGGUUGGUGGAAGUGUUGUCCUCUGUUUUCUCUAUGCAUGUAUAGAGUAUUUUUGUUUGUUAUGUUAACUCUGUCAUAUUUAUAAAGAGACAAGUGUUCCUGGUUGCUUUAGCACACGACUUGAAAAAAGCAUUGCAAGUAGAGGAGCAAAUUAUGAUUGAGGCUUGCUAGAUAUAUUUUUACCCCCUCCUUUCUUUUUGUCAUUGUUUGUCAAACCAAUUCGUACAAAUGCUGACAAUUUUGAAAGUAUUCAAGCUGGAAAAUGUUUUAAGUGCUGGUAGUAUGUAGCAUGUAGUCGGGACACUUUGAAUGUUGUGCAUAAAUAUUGAAUAAGUUAUUACUGGUUUAGGAAAGCUACGGCCCACAUGUCUAACAUGUGCAUACCAAAAAGUUAUUCAUUCUUGACUUCACAAACUACUUGCUCAUACCUGUCUACAUGGCUAGGAUUGUAUGUGAGGGCUUCUGUUGCUGUAAGUUACAUUGCUGAUACACGUGUAUAUUUCUUACGUAGUACACUUAAGGAACAAAGGCUUUGCUAGCUGUUACGACUGUUGAAUUUACUCUGGAAUCGAUAAAAAUUUCCAUGUAAAUGUGGUAUGCCAGUAUAAUUAAGAUGGGGACAGAAGCAUCUGGCCAAAACUUUUUUUUUUUUGCACUGCAUUUGCUUUUUGUGAAACUUGUUUGAAGUCACUAAAGUAUAUAGGAAAUCUAUAUACUCAGAAUCUAUGCUGUGUUGGUGAGAGUGGCACUUCAGUUUUUCAUUUUAAUUUUAUUGCAAAAAUUAAAUCAAAUGUACCCAGUGAUUGUAUGUUACGGCAAGCUGUGGCAUUUCAAUUUUUUUCUGUUUUACGUCUUUCUUUUUUAGUACUUCAUCUAGGACAUAGUCAUUUUUGUGUAGUUGCCGUUUUUUUAAAGUGUGCUAACAGGUGAGGCUUUCAUUUUUUUUGCCCACAUUUGUUUUCUUGGUGUCCACAAGGUAGGAAAGUGGUAUACUUAAGCCAUAUAUUUUUGCCAACACUUUCAUUUCCCUUUGCAUGUGAUUUGUAACAGUAAAUAGUUUGUCACUAUGUAUUGUGUCUCAGGACAAACCAAUAACCGGUGCUCUGUGCCAUUUUUCAUUUCCUGUAGAACUAGCUCCUGACGUGACAGUUUCCUGCAUUUCUGUAUUUUUUUCUCUAUGAUGGUAGUGCAUUGCUGCAAGCAUUACUGUAGCCAUUUUUUUGUUGAUUCCUGGAAGUGCAUUUUUUUUGCUGGAUUUUUUACAUGAUUGGUUGUUGUGAGAGAGUGCUGUAUUAUUUUAAGUAAAUUAUGUUAAAGGCAUUUUAUGGUUUCUUUAUUUGCAAGCUAAUGCUACAUUAUAAAAAGUAAAUACUACCCAACCACCCGUCGUCCUACUGUCGCACCUAGUGAUUUCCUUUCAUUGUAUGUGUCAUGUGAAAACCACGUUGUCAUAGUUCCCUGUGUCCUGCCCAGCCUGUAAACUUUGGCAUGUGUACCUGUUUCACCCCUGCUGUUCACUGUGGCAUUGAAUGAAAGGCACCGAACAGCAGCCAAUAUGCACCGUUGCCAGAUUAUUUAAUUUACAAAAUACUGUGGAGGAGGCUGCACUCUCUUUCUGUCCAGUUGCUGAAAUGUGACCGUCCAGCUUGUGUGUUUGCCAAGCAUGAAACAUAUCUUCAGUUCAUGUGCCAUUUCCAACUGGCUACUCUUGUGACAUUGUACUGCCCGGACACUUCAACUGCUCUUUAAGCUUAGGCAUUCUUUUUGGCAUUGCUGAUUUUGUCGCCCAAUCAUGUGCCUGAAAGGCCACCUGUGACAUUAUGUCAAACUGAAAAAUUGCUUAUGAAGGCUUCUUGAGCAACCUGAAAUUUUGUGUGUUAGGUGGCUUUAGGCUACAGUGCCUUUUAACAUUGUAGGUUUAAACAGUUUUCGUUGGGCUUGUGGAACUAACAGCUGCCGCCAUUCACACAUUGAGAAUUAUUUCAAUGCUGACCAGCAUAUUUAAAUUGUCAAAUCUGCCUAGCAAUAACUUUUGGGCCUUGAUGCAUAAAACUUGGCACAAGGGAGGAGGGGAAAAGUAAGGAAUGUUUAACACUAGCUUAUUUUUACACCCCAUAUAUGGCACAAGCGAACAUAUUUUUUAUCCUUUUAAGUGUUUGUUAACAAUCAAGUUUUUUUUGCAGUGUUAAAUUGUGCUGGGCUUUUUUCGAUGCAUAAAAAAAAUGUUCUAAAAAGAUGCAUAUUUUUUUUAAUAUUUUUUAAAAUAUAAUUUGGUGUCACGUGUGAAAGUGCACCUGUGCUAGUCAAUGUCCUGCAUGUUCUUAUAGUCUAUGAAUAAGAACUCGUGCAUUGUGACUGCAUGAGAAUAUAGUUUAUUUGUAUCUUUCUACAGUUCAAGCAGGUGCUACUGUGCAUAUCUGUAUGUAUACAUGUAUGGUGUAAACUGUUGCUAUUCAAUGACUUGCCCAGAUGAAGCAGGACACUAUCUGUAAGCAACUUGAAAACAACAAACUUUCUAUUCAAGUUCACUUUUCUGUUCUCUGUAAAAGAUGAAUAUAUAACGAAUAACUAUUGAUUAGGGAGCAGCACACAGUUACAAGCAUGUUUACUUCCGUUCCUUAAGAUAAAAUAUUAUUAGUAAUCUGGUACUUGGCCAUUAGUGUUUUUUCGUACAUAUGCAUCCACAUGAAAUGAUAGCUCUUUGAAUACUACUCACUCAUGUAGAAAGCACAGAAUUGAAGUACCAUGUUAAGUAAUCUUGCUGGUAAUUAAAAGGAAAUUUCAUUUUGAUUUUUAUAUGAAAUUUAUUUUAUUCUCAAAAAUAUUAAAUAUAAAUUAUGAAUUCCCUGUCUUUAGAACAGUGUUGCACUACUGUAAACAUCCAUUGCUACUUAUGAGAAUACCUUUUGAGAACUGUAAUUACCAAGUUUUAAUUUGAUCUUCACUAAAUUUCAGUUUAAACCAUGAAGCAACAAACAUAGCUACCAGUUGUGAUUGGUAUUUGGUUAGUCUAAGCCUUGCAAGGUUGUUUGUAAGUAAAUUAAAUGGAAAGACAGGUGCUUGGUCUGUUUCUUUGUGCUUGUAGCACACUUUUUUUUUUAUUUCAGGUUUUUCUCCUAGGCAUUCGAUUAUUUGUGGGCAAUUGUUUUGGCAUAAAGGUCACUUGAGCGCAUACAACGUAUUCUACAUAAUAUUGCAUAGUAUUGUCUACAGCAUUUUGUACUCAUUUUCAUUGUGGCUCUCGAAAGCAUGUGAAGAAAGAUUUUUUCAUGAAAGCUUGAAUGAUAAAUGCUGUGAAUUGUGAGAAAAAGUAGCUAGAAACUGUUUGAAGGUUAGCAGUGCUUUUUAUUGCAUUCAUAGUUGUGUAUUGCACCUGGCUAUGUGCGCGAACCUCAAGUUAUUCAGUUCUUUUUCUCUCGCUAGUACAGGCUUGAGGCAUUGGCUCUCAUUUUUGGGUUGGGCGAGCUUGGGUGUGCAAUGCGAGAAGGAAUGAAUGGUUCUAAUUUAGAAAUUAUUGAUGUAGUUUAAUACGAGAUUGACAACGAUCUCUGCAUGCCUUUGGCUCUUGCCAGGUCUUCCGUGGCAGCCAGAGUGUCAAUAUAGUGGCUUUAUCUUGCACAGGGCAGUAGCAGGUGUGUGACUAGCAGUCUUCCUCUGCGUGCUGCUGUUAUGCCUUUAUGCUAACCACAGGUGCAAAUGCCUGAGAUCUCACUUCAUAACAGUUUAGUGCUUUGUGGGGUCUCUUGCUAGGUUAGACUGCGUACGUGCAUCUUCCUAUGUGUCUCCUAUUUAUGGAAUGGCAGGCAUGUACAGAAGUUAUCAUUUGAAACACAGUUAAAAUAAAUAUUGUGUUCCGAGACUGAAGCAAUUAUGUGCAUAAACCUGGGUAAUUUUCCUGAAUACUGCUUCUUUGAAGAUGUGAGGCAUAGUGCGAUAAAGGACUUGUACUGGUGCGCACCAUCUGCAAGUGUAAGGAUAACAUUUUUGUAUGAGACCAGCUCAAAUGGCAGCAGUGCUGCUUGGGCAGUAAUUGAUCAAACCUGGUGCUGCUUAUGGCAUUGCUUUUUAUACUUAUAGUUUUUCAUAGCAAAAUCACUUCCAUUUUCCAAAUGAAUGAUUGUGUGACUUUUUUUUUUGAACAAGAUAUUUGACCGUAAUGAAUAUGAAUUUUCAAGCUUCAUUGAGCACCAGGAAAUACCGUGAAAUGUAGGCCAGUUUCAUUUGGGUCAAAUGGUGGUUCUUAAUGUUGACCAUCACAGCAGAAAUCUGAAAGUCAUUUCGCAUCCAUGAGAGUACCGGCAUAGGUAACUUGACUGUAAUCUGCUGUGUAUGUCUGGCAGAGUAUGUGCUGCAUUUCUGACUUGAGAAGCUUUGAAGAGAACUGCUGCGAUGUGGUUAGUGUUCCAAGGCCUGCAAAAGAUGGGCAAUGUCAGAGUUGGUUAGUUCUCGAGUUCCUACGUAUAUUUAUUAUUUUUUCUGAUUUCCCCUUCCUCGUCUUGCAUAUCGAGUGCUAUUGAGGUAACCUGUGCUCUGGUUUAGGGACAAUUGCUCAUCAUUCCGUCUUAUUAUUUUACCAUUUGGAAAUGAAAAUUUCAUAUUGCCUUUGCUGCUGUACACACAGCAUUCCAAUGAGUAAAUGAAUGCGUAUGGACAGUGGUGGCAUAGGCAGCUUCCAGUGUGUGCACCAUAAGAGAAGUUCAGGAACAUAAAGCAGAUAACAUUGGGCACAAUUAUGUAUGUUGUUUUCUGCUAAAAGUUUCACUUUUUUUUAGCUCAUUACAUCUGGCGUAUGCUGUUCCAGAACGUAAAUAUGUUGCACAUAACCAUAGGUGGCUCAAACACUAGCUGCUACGCUUUUUGUUAUGUGCCUGCUAACAUCGAGCACUGUUCAGGUAUGUCCAAGUGAGGUUAAUGAAAAGCUUCGUGUGUGGCAUUCAUUCCUGCAUAAAGCACCAGAGGUCAGGUCAUCUAAUUUAUCACAGGUUCCUUGCUUGUAGCAAAAUGAGAAGUGGACACUCCUAGGCACAUUUUAUUUCCCAGUCGGUAUCGCUGCUCGCACAAAGAGCUGUGCACUAAGAUGCUUUAAUUGUGUUUGUGUGUUGUCUGUAGCAGAGAGUUUAUUUUACGUGAUGUGACAGUGUGAAUAGAGCUUCUUUUUGUACAUUUUGGCAUUGUCACAUUGACAACCUAUCUGAACAGAAGAAGCAAACAGUGCUCUCGAGAAGUCCGCAAUAUUUAUUUGUAACUGCUCUCUGAACAGCACAGACAUGCGAGCCUUUCUUGUCGGGAUGCAUCCAUUGCAAUCUACAUCGUUAGACUGGCAAGGCUUGUACUGGAUCAGUGCUGAGCUUUGCUGUUAGUGACCACUGUGCUGGCGGAUCCAUAGCUUGAUAAGCUUGCAUGCUGAAAUGCCUAUUGGUGUGUCAGUGAAGGCUUCAAUGUAGCUACAAAUGAAAAAGCAAGAAAUGGGUUCUUUCUUCAUACUUCAUCUUUUUCUUAAAUGGGACAAUGAAACUACAAUACACACAUGACACAUGAAACAUGUAGUGGAAUGUACUGGUCUUACAUAACACCGUCCCUAUGUCUCAAAGUUAUUGGUCCAUGAACUGAGUGCCCUCAUUCAUAGUUCACUGCCUUGGGUAGAAGGGUGGAACAGUGUAUGAGCUCUUAAUAAGUUGCACGGACUAUUGCAGCUAUGGACCGAGGUCCAGGUUUACUGUCGGCAAAACCGUUCAUGCCUGCUGUUUUGUUGAGCAUAAUCUUGGAAUGAAAAGAGCUUAAUAACACAGCAGGGGCUCAAUAUUAUUUGCUUUUGCUUCAUUAUCAUGCCAUCAGGAUGCAGUGUCACUGAAAAGCCACGCAGGUAGCCAGUCUAUGGCGAGAUAAUUCAUAAGGUGGUCAGCUACAGUAGUCGCAAUUCAUUCUCUAUUGCGUCAAAGCAUGUCGGUCAGCUGCUGGAUGUGUUUCUACACAUGGUUUUGUUUGCCAAGACCUCCCCUGUAGUUUCCUGUUCUUUCAAUUUAUUGCUGCGUGCUGCGCUGAUUUUCAUCAACCUUGAAAUGCUGCCAUCACAGCUCCAGCGUCGAUCUUGGUGUGCAUAAAUUUCAUACUCUUCCAGUUGUGUUAUCAGAGCCAUGGCUUUGUAAACGAUCUAUCGCUGGCUGUUGUAGUCCUGUGGCUGUUCAGUAUGCAGUGGAUUUUGUAGCAGGCAGAGCCUUCCGAUGAGAGUUGCUGAAAACAAUAAAGUGAUCUUUCUUUUUA